ACAGGCUCAGUCCGGCAUUAGUAACACUCGCAAAAUAGCAAAGGAUGCAGGUGGGGAGAGAAGGGAGGGAAGACUAGGGUCCAUCUCCUGCUCCACGACUCAUUUCAACCCGUGCUUUCUCUUCCCUUUUCUCUCGAAGCUCUGGGGAAGAGCAAUUACGUUACACACUACUGCAUACGGCGUGAUAUAGAGAGGGAGAGAGAGAGUGUAGAAGUUAUUAUUAUACACGAUGAGUAUGAAGAAGAGAGAGAAUCAAUCGUCGUCGUCUUCUAGAUCUCCAGCGCCAAUGGAGCUCCGGAACAACCCUACGCCUGAGAAGCAGCAAAUGCCUCUAGUGGUCACUCUGAAUUGCAUCGAGGACACGGGGUUUGAGCAGGACUGCUUGGCCGGCAUCGUUGUGGUGGAGCACGUGCCUCUCAGUCGCCUCGCCGAGGCCCGGAUCGAGUCCGCUUCCGCUGUGCUGCUUCACUCCCUCGCCUUCCUCCCACGCGCCGCCCAGCGGAGGCUUCGUCCCUGGCAGCUCAUCCUCUGCCUCGGCUCCUCUGAUCGGGCUGUUGAUUCUGCCCUUGCCGCUGACCUCGGACUCACUCGACUUGUCCACGUGGAUUGUAGUAGGGCUGAGGAGGUUGCUGAUACGGUCAUGGCUCUGAUCCUUGGCUUACUUCGCCGCACGCAUUUGCUCUCCAGGCAUGCUUUAUCCGCUUCCGGUUGGCUCGGUUCAGUCCAGCCGCUUUGCCGUGGAAUGCGCCGUUGUCGUGGUCUUGUGUUAGGGAUCAUUGGUAGAUCUGCCUCAGCCAGGUCCUUGGCUUCUCGGAGCCUGGCCUUCAAGAUGAGCGUCCUCUAUUUUGAUAUUCAAGAGGGAAAUGGAAAAGUGAGCCAAACCCCCAUUCGCUUUCCUCCUGCAGCCAGGAGAAUGGAUACUCUUAAUGAUUUGCUUGCUGCAAGUGAUGUAAUAUCGUUACACUGUGCCCUCACAAAUGAAACAGUUCAGAUUAUUAAUGCAGAUUGUUUGCAGCACAUAAAGCCUGGGGCAUUUCUUGUUAAUACUGGUAGCUGCCAGCUACUAGAUGAUUGUGCUGUGAAGCAACUUCUGAUUGAUGGCACCCUUGCUGGAUGUGCUCUGGAUGGUGCUGAAGGGCCACAAUGGAUGGAAGCAUGGGUUAAGGAGAUGCCCAAUGUUCUAAUACUUCCACGCAGUGCUGAUUACAGUGAAGAAGUGUGGAUGGAGAUAAGGGAGAAAGCUAUUGCCAUGCUGCAGGCAUUCUUCUUGGAUGGUGUGAUUCCAAAGGAUUCUAUAUCUGAUGAAGAAGAAGAGGAAAGUGAGAUAGCCUAUGGAAAUGAAGAGUGUAACAUUCGAGAUAACCAAAGUGUCAUGCAGGGUCCUGUUGGUGAGCGAUACACUGAAGAUGUCAACUUAACUGCAGAGAGCUCUCAGACAAAAAUUAUGAGCGAAUCAAGGGAACCUCCUGUUCAGCCACAGGGUUCUGUUUUGUCUCAAAAUGUUUCUGAAAGAUCUGAAGUAAAGAGAAGCAGAUCUGGUAAAAAGGCUAAAAAGCGGCAUGCACGUCAAAAGUCUCAACAGAAAGCAGAUGAGCACUUGAAAUUUGAGAAAGAGAGUACUUCACAAAAUGAUGAUGGUGCUGCAUUGAGUGGAACUGAUCAAGUAUUGAGUUCUAGUCCACGAUUUUCAUCUCCAGAAGAUGUUAGAAGUAGAAAAACUCCAAUUGAGUUCAUUCAAGAAUCAUCUUCAGAGAAACUUCUGAAAUCAAACAUGGAUCUCAGUAGAAAAUCUGGUGAACUAUUGAAAGAUGGAUAUAUCAUAGCUUUGUACGCAAGACAUCACCCUGCACUCCACGUUUCCAGGCAAAGAGUUCAAGGAGGAGGUUGGUUUCUUGAUUCAAUGUCAAAUAUCACAAAGAGAGACCCAGCAGCACAGUUCCUUGUUGUUUUCAGAAGCAAGGAUACUAUUGGGCUGCGAUCAUUUACUGCUGGUGGAAAGUUAUUGCAGAUUAAUAGGCGGAUGGAAUUUGUAUUUGCCAGUCACAGUUUUGAUGUUUGGGAAAGUUGGACAUUUGAAGGUUCUUUGGAGGAAUGUAGGCUGGUGAACUGUAGAAAUCCUUUGGCUAUUCUGGAUGUACGCAUUGAAGUCCUUGCAGCUGUUGGAGAAGACGGUAUUACACGCUGGCUUGAUUAGGUAGUGACUUUCAAAUGUUUGUGCAGAGUCCUUAACAAAUUCAUCUGAAUUAGAUCAGUGUUUGUGAAAUUAGAAACGGAAGAGAAAAGGUUGUGUCAUCAUCAACCAUUCUGGUAUUUAAGAGUUGCUGAGUGUUAGUACUGUUUGAUAUCCUAUCUCUCCCUUGGUAUUGAAAUGUUGUAAUCGCGUGGAAAUGCCUCUUCAUUCUCAGCCUGCCUACCCUCAGUUUAUCACGACUCUAAAAACAUAGAAUUUUGGUUACGUGGAAUUGUUUCUCUAUGAAAUUACUGUUUGUUUUUUC